AUGGGAUCUCAGGCCGAACAAACCAACAGCAGCAAGCCGGAUAUAGCCAACCUGGGCUUCACCCCCAUGGUCAAAGUCUCUGGAGAUUGGGAUGUCCAAAAAGUUGUCGAAGCCAUUCCCGGAGAUGCCCCCAAGACGGGUGGCCAAUCUCCCCUCGCCUUUUUCCACAUGAUUGAGCGGCUCAAGACGACGAAGCGCGAAGGCUGGAGACGAUUUGGUAUCGAGAGAGGAGAAUCCAUCUCUGACCACAUGUACCGCAUGUCCAUCAUCUCCAUGUUCGCCCCUCCAUCACUCGCAAAACGAAUCGACCUUCACAAAUGCAUGAAGAUGUGCCUGAUUCACGACAUGGCCGAACUGCUCGUUGGCGACAUAACCCCCGUAGAUGGCGUUCCGAAACCCGAGAAGAGCCGACGAGAGAGUCUAACCAUGGACUUUCUCACCAAAAAUCUAUUUGGAAACAAGGACGACGCUGCGAUUGGCGAGGACAUCCGGGCCAUCUGGGACGAGUACGAGGACUCCAAAACCCUGGAGAGCCAAUAUGUCCACGAUAUUGAUAAGAUGGAAUUGUUGCUGCAAAUGAUGGAAUAUGAGAAGCGCGCCGAGGGAGCGCUCGACUUGGGAGAGUUUGCCUACGUGUCUAGCAAGAUGACGCUGGAGGAGACCAGGGCAUGGGCUGAUGAAUUAUUGGAAGAGAGGGAAAAGUUUUGGGGCGCCAAGAAGCACGUCGAUGGUGUUAAGGGUGUUGAUGGGGGUGUUUCUGAGGAGAAGGCCAAGAUGCAGGAUGAGUACUACUCGAGGGAAUAG